UAUUUUGAAAAAAAGAGGAAGCGGGAUUCCGGAAGCUGUGAACUCUUCUGAAUAGCUAGUCGAAGCUAAACCUUUAAAUUCGUACAGUUGAUAAUUUAGUUGUGUAAACUAAAUAUUUUUUGCUGACAUGGCGACAGAAGCAAACCCCCACUGGUCUGAUAUUCUGAAGAGGAGACUAGCAAACUCCCAAAAAGAAAAUAAAAGUGAAGAAGAGAAGAAAACGGAGGAGACGGCUCUUUUUACCAAAUAUUUAUCUCAGUUGAAAGGAGGAGGCGCUGAAGAUGAGUCCUACAAGACCAUCCCACGGUUCUACUACAAGCUACCAGCAGAAGAUGAAGUCCUUCGUCAGAAGCUGAGAGAGGAAUCCAGAGCCGUCUUCCUCCAGAGGAAGAGUAGAGAGCUGUUGGAUAAUGAGGAGCUACAGAACCUGUGGUUUCUACUGGACAAGCAUCAGGUACCUCCGUUAAGUGGAGAAGAGGCCAUGAUCAAUUAUGAAGCAUACGUGCUGGUGCGAGAGAAGGCUGGACCCAAGUGCAGGAAAUUCUUUACAGCUAAAGUGUAUGCCAAACUGCUGAGCAACGAUCCAUACGGCCGAAUCUCCAUCAUGCAGUUCUUUAACUAUGUCAUGAGGAAAGUGUGGCUCCAUCAGACCCGAAUAGGUCUUAGUCUGUAUGAUGUGGCAGGACAGGGCUACCUCAGAGAGUCGGAUUUGGAAAAUUACAUCUUGGAGUUGAUUCCCACUCUGCCUCAGUUGGACGGACUGGAGAAGUCUUUUUAUUCAUUCUAUGUUUGCACUGCUGUUCGCAAGUUCUUUUUCUUCCUUGACCCGCUGCGAACAGGAAAGAUAAAAAUCCAGGAUAUCUUGGCCUGCAGUUUUUUGGAUGACUUGCUUGAGUUAAGAGAUGAAGAAUUGUCCAAAGAAAGCCAAGAGUCCAACUGGUUUUCAGCCCCGUCGGCUCUCAGAGUUUACGGCCAGUACCUGAACCUUGACAAGGACCACAACGGCAUGCUGAGCAAAGAGGAGCUGUCCCGAUACGGCACUGCCACCCUCACCUCCGUCUUUCUGGACCGAGUCUUUCAGGAGUGUCUCACUUAUGACGGAGAAAUGGACUAUAAGACCUACCUAGACUUUGUAUUAGCCUUGGAAAACAAGAAGGAACCUGCAGGAAUACAGUAUAUCUUCAAACUGUUGGACAUGGAGAACCGAGGAUACCUCAAUGUUUUCGCUCUAAACUAUUUCUUCAGGGCCAUUCAGGAGCAGAUGAAGCAGCACGGUCAAGAGCCCGUCUCCUUCCAGGACGUCAAGGAUGAGAUCUUUGACAUGGUGAAGCCUCAGGACCCGUACAAGAUCACCCUCCAGGAUUUGGUGAACUGUUGCCAGGGCGACACGGUCGUCAGCAUCCUAAUUGACCUCAAUGGUUUCUGGACCUAUGAGAACAGAGAGGUGCUGGUUGCCAGUGACAACGACAGCAGCAACACAGUUGAUCUUGAAGACACCUAACAUGGACACCUUAAAUAUUUGCUAACAGAAGUAGCAUCUGUGGCUCCACAGUGAGUUUCAAAACAGAAAUACAUGAAUUACAGGAAGAAGGUUUAAUAUUUAAAACAAAACGACCCAUUUAACUAAGUGUAACAGUCAGGUCAGUUUCUGUGUUGUAUGAAUAUUCUCAUCAUUCUGUAAAGAAACGUUUUCAGGAAAGUCUUCUUCUUCCUCAGUUUCUGUACCUCAAACACUGAAGGAUGUUUUUCAUUUUCACAGUUUUAUGCAACAUUUGUACAAAGUUUAAAUAUACAUUUCUAAAAUUA